AUGGGCAGGAACGGGGCCCCGGGAGCGGAAGGGGGGACGGGGAGGAAGGCAAAGGGGCUGGGGAGCCUGCUGGAGCAGGUGGGAGGGUGGGGUCGCUUCCAGAUGGUCCACCUGGCCAUCUUGUUCGUGCCUUUUGCCUUCGUGGGCACCCACGGGUUCCUCCAGAACUUCACGGCCUCCACCCCCGACCAUCACUGCAGGAGCCCCAGCGAGCCGUGGCCGGCGGAGGCCGGGGGGCAGCCGGAGACCUGCCUUCGCCCCCGGGGCAACGCUACCAAUGAGACGGAGGCUUGUCGGGAAGGCUGGGUCUACAACCUCACCACAGUUCAGACCACCAUUGUCACCGAGUGGGACCUGGUCUGCAGCCUGAAAAGCCUCCCCAGGGUGGCCCAGUCGGUUUACAUGGCGGGGGUGUUCCUGGGGGCCGUCGUGUUCGGGGGGCUGGCGGACAGGCUGGGCCGCCGGACUGUCUUCCUCUGGUGCCUCCUCCAGGUGGCUUCCCUGAGCACGGGGGCAGCCCUGGCCCCCUCCUUCUCUGUGUACUGUGUGUGCCGCUGCUUCUGCGGCUCCGGCAUGUCCGGCCUGGUGCUCAACGGCCUGGGCCUGGUUCUGGAGUGGACGCCGCCCUCCCGCCGCGCAGCCGUGUCCGGCCUCCUCUCCUUCGUGCUCAGUCUGGGGCAGCUCAACCUGGCCCUUCUGGCCUUCGGCCUCCGGCGCUGGAGGCACCUGCAGCUGGCCGCCGGGGCCCCCUUCGCCCUCUGCUUCCUCUGCGGCUGGUGGCUCCCAGAGUCCGUCCGGUGGCUGGCGGUGAGGGGCCGCCUCGCAGAGGCCCUGCGCUCCCUGAAGCUGGUGUCGCGGAUCAACGGGGUCCCGGCCGCGGGGGCCCAGCUCUCCCUGGAGAUGCUGGAAUCCGACUACUCUCAGGAGGAGGCUGCAGGAGCCCCAGGGGCCGCCACCCUGGACCUGUUCCGGACCCGGGAGAUGCUGGCCCUGCUGGCUUGUAUCAUGGGCAUUUGGUUCUCGGCCAGCCUGGCCUUCUUUUCUCUGGCCCUGGACAUCCAGCGUUUCCCGGGCGAAGAUCCGUACCUGGUUCAGGUCGUCCUGGGGAUCGUAGAUCUCCCCUUUCGCCUCCUGGUGCCCAAGCUGGCCGACUGCCUGGGACGCAGGCUCACCCUGGCCUCCUGCACGUUGCUCGGAGGGGGGCUCCUCCUGGGGGCCAUCCCAGUGCCAGCGGAGCUGGGCCGCCUCCACAUGGGGCUGGCAGUGCUGUCCAAGGGGCUCAUGUCAGCCUCCCUCAGCUGCAUUGUCCUCGUGGCCUCUGAAGUCUUCCCGACCUCCCUCCGGAUGACUGGCAUGGGCGUCACUAACAUGGUGGGCCACCUGGGCGGGGUGACGGCCCCCCUGGUCCUGCUGGCCGGCCCCACGCUCCCCCUCCUGCCGCCCGUGUUCUUCGGGGCCAGCGUCCUGGCCACCAGCUGCCUGGUCCUCUUCCUGCCCGAGACGAGGGGCGCGCCCUUGCCCGACACCUUGGAACAAGCGCAGAGCCAGGUCCGGAGAUGCUGGAGCAGACUGCUGAGGAAACCACGGCGGGGGGCCCAGCCCCUCCAGACCAAGCUCUAGUCCCUGCGAAGAGAUGGCCCCAGCGC